UCCCGCCAAAGUUUCACAGCUGUUUACGGCACGGCGCUGUGUGUUGUGCCGAGGUGCUACUUUGUUGGCCGGUGAUUCGGUGAACGAAAACUUGCAUACCAACUAGAGUCGCCGUGGACUUCUCCAUGCGAUGAGUGAAUCGGUAUCGUCUUUAGUCCUUUCGGAUAUCCAGGCAGCAUGCAGUACACUUGGAGGAUGGGACGAAGGCAAAUACUACAAGGAACCUGACUGCAUAGAAAGCUUGAAGGACCUCUUAAGGUAUCUGAGGCGAGAUGACGAGUCCCACGAGAUCCGGCGCAUCUUGGGCCGCAUUCAAGUUCUCAGGACGGAUCUCCUGCCCCUGCUCAAGUUUUAUCCAGACGACGAAAGGUUGUUUGAUGUCAUCAUAAGGUUGCUGGUGGACCUCACAAAUCCUGCCAUAUUGCUGUACAAAGAGGAACUUCCAGUCGAGAAGUUUGCCCGGAACAACUACUUGGAGAUUGUAACCCACCUUCAGUUGUACAAGCUGGCCUUUACAGAUUCAAAAGUGUGGAUUGCCAUCACCAAAAAGCUUGAGUCACUUUUGCACAAAAAUUGGGAAACAAGACAGGAGGAAGACAAGGACACAAUUGAGCGCAUCCUUGUCCUGGUCAGGAAUGUCCUUCAUGUACCUGCAAACCCAUCUGAAGAAAAGCGCACAGACGAUGAUGUCAACAUACAUGACCAAGUUCUUUGGGCAAUGCAUCUUGCUCACCUUGAAGAUCUGUUGCUCUACGUCACCAGCAGUGAUGACGAAACAGACUACUGUUUCCAUUGUUUGGAAAUUUUGUCCUUGAUGCUACGAGAGCAGUCCCCAGAAGUGCUGGCAAGAGCUGAACAGCCAAGGACCGCUGCUGAGAAAGAUGAAGAUGUCCGCGAACUUCUUAAAGCCAGGGAGGUGGAGCUCGCAAGAAAGAAAAUGCAAAUGCAGGCAAGGACAAAGAGGCACCCUCGCUUUGGUGGAACAUUCACCGUGAAAAAUAUGAAAGGCAUUGGUGACAAUGACCUAGUUGCUCAUGACACUUUAUCCAAGCUUUCCCAAUUGAGCUUCGAUCGAUCCAAGCCGUUCAAGGCCAAGCCCAAAAACAGAAGGCCUGUCCUGGCAGCCGAUGACGUUACGCGGAGGUCCACCUUGAACAUUCGGCUGUUCCUGAAGGGUCUCUGCACUGACUUCCUUAAGUGGUGCUACAAUCCCAUGAUGCGGACUGUCAAGAGCUUCCUGAUACGCAAGAAAGGCCUGGCACAUGACGAAGGCUAUUACUUCUGGGCGUUGAAGUUCUUCAUGGAGUUCAAUCGUCACAAUGGCUUCGACGUCAGCCUCGUCAGUGAGACUAUAUGCAAAGAGGCGUUCCACUAUGUGCAGACAGAGCUCGAACAGUAUUACGAAAUGAUGGUCACCGACAAGCGCAAGAUUCACAUCUGGUCGAAAAGGCUUCACGUUGGCUUGAAAGCUUAUCAGGAGUUGUUGCGAACCCUCGCCGCCAUGGAUAGCAGCCCUGAACAAGCUGUCCGAGAAGCAGCCAAAGUUCUGAAAGGAACAAUCUUCUACCUUCCAGAGUAUAGAGAAAUCGUCCUGCACCUUCUAUUGAACUUUAAUGAGUGCGUACAACCAAUCUCCUAUCUUCGGGACUUGGUGGAAAUGGUUCACGUCUAUGUCAAGAUGCUUCAACACUUUGCCCAAGCUCACAGACACAUUAUAGUGAAAGGGAAGGCCAAGGCAAGAAAGAAGGCAAAAAAGCAGGCGGUGAAGGAAAAUAAUGCAAGCACGGCUGUUAGUGAAGAAGCACGGCAACAGGAAUGGCUUGAAGUGUCAUCUGGAAUAUCCUUGGCUCUUCAAGGCGAAGAGGAGCUGCCUGACGACGUCGUUCCAUACGACUCGACAUUGGACAACACUGAAAAUGAACAAAAGCUGGAUGCCUUAGGCCGCAUCCAAGCUGCACUUAAGGCCCGAGAAACAGCCAAGGCAGUGGCGUUGUUGCGAGCAGGCCAAGAGCUGUGGCCAGGCCAGAGCAUGUUUGGAUCUCAAGAGGAAGAGACCGAGUUUCAAGCCCUCAAAGAGAUCUUCUUUGCCAACUUUGCAGGGUUAGUGCCCGACGCAUCGACGGCUGGGGAGAACCAGGCUGCCGAAGGAAAUGACGAGGAGGAGGAGGAGGACGAAGAACAACACAAUUCGGACAGGGAGCAAGAGUUUCACUUUGACGACUUCAUCAAACGAUUCGCCAACCCCAAAGUGGUGAUUGCCUACUGCAAGCUUCUGUCUCACUACCGAACUAACCCACCGGCGACGAAUCAGCAUGUGCUGCGCAUGUUGCACCGUCUCGCCUGGGACCUCAAGAUGUACCCGAUGCUCUUCCAAGCCAGCGUAUUCAAGACUUUCCAGAGUAUCAUGCAUGACUGCUGCUCGCUCCCUAAGGAAAGAGUGGACGGCACUCUGAAGGAACUCUCUCGCCUCGCAACGUUUGUCGUGCGCAAGUUCGUUGCCGCGGCUCAGGAAAACAAGAUUGCGUUCGCAGAGUUGCUCUUCUGGAAGAAUACGAAGGACGCCUACGAACUGGUUCACGGCUACGGCAGCGGAUCGAAGAAACCCAGCAAGGUUGCUUGGACUGAAGAGCAAGUCUAUGAACUCAAGGUACUCUACGAACGUUACAAGGAGGAGAUGACGCCAGACAAGGACGUCGUCGAUCUCAUACUGGAGCACAUGAUCGACGACUCGAGGACACGACGCAGCGUGCUCUUGCAGCUGAAGCACUUGGGCCUCGUAGACAACGUCAAGGCCUUCACGAAGAAAGCAAAGGCAAACGCUCCUUGGAAUGGUGAAGAUGUUGUAGAACUUCGAGAGCUCUUCGAGAAGUACCGGGAGUCGACAGAUAUCAUGGGCCAGAUCAUGGAGCACCUGAGCGUCAAGCGGCCUCGACACCGCGUCGUGGACAAGCUCCUCGAGAUAGGCCUCGUUUGCAACCGCGUGGAGCUGCGCAAGAAGCGGGCGCGCACGGGCGGCCGCGGAGGAGGCCGGCAGCAGCGAGGAUCGGACGACUCCGGCUCUUCCUCCGACGAUGACAACGACGAGCGCAUCUACGAUUUGUUCAAGAGUGGCGAAGACCCUGUGCGCUCGGCGCAGCAAAAGAAUGGCGGCCGUGCACCCAAGAACGCUGCUAACCGACCUCCCAAGAACGCGCCAACGUUUCGCACCGUGCCUCGAACGGAAGUGGCUACGUCACCGGAAGCCCUAAGGACUGUUCUCUCCAAGCUGGUGGAAACAGGCUGCCAGGAGAGCUUGGAGUGGCUGCUGUCAUCUCUGGAGGAUGCACUCGAGGAUUGGGAUCCGGAAGACCCUUCUUCCGUGCCGCUGGUUCCUAUACUUGAGGCGCACCAUUCGUCAAUGGAGAACGGCGAUUUCUGCAGCUUGCUUCGCACAAUGGGAAUCCAGCCACCUGCGGACGAACAGGAAGCUUAUUGGCGCAUCCCUGCCGACAUGACUACCACCAUGCUCAACUCUCGGGUUACUGUCGUCAAGAAAGCGCUAGAGGGCGACUAUGGAGCGCCACUCCUGGUCGUGGGUUCGGCCUCCAACGAAGCGGCCCCCGAAUUCAUCUCGACAGAUUCAGAUUCCGAUGGCCCAUCGCUGGUAAUCGACGAAGACCGCGAAGCAGCUGCCACGAAUGAACGAAUUCCGAAGGAGAAGUUAAAGCACCGCGAGGCUUUACAAGCGCUUCUGCAGAAGAAGAGAACCCGCCAAGACGACUCGUCCGGCACGGACUCCGACGAGGUGGGCUUCGCCCGCAGGGACCAACGGAAGCGGAAAAGGCCUCGCACCCGGGACACCAGGGAGGCCGAAAGAAGUGGUACAACCGGAACCGCGGAACACCGUUCCGACAGUGGCAAAAGCGGGGACGAGCUUCUAGCCAGCUUGCCCGCAGAGACGGCUUCCGAAAAUGGCGACGGAGGAAGAACGCCUCCUUCACCUUCGGCCAUGGCCGAACCAAUCAGGAAGCGGAAACGAGCAACGCUGGUGGUGGACAGCGACGAAGAACGAGAAUCGUCCAAGCGUGCCGAACUGGUGGGCGUCGACUCCGAAGAAGACACCGAGGCAGCUCGUCAUCGCCGACGACGAAACGGCAUCUCGAGCUGGCAGGGCCGCCAAGGGUGGCCGCCUUGUCGUACUCGACGAUAGCGACGACGAAGACGUCGUGGUCAACUCGUCCGGUGUCGUCACUGACAGGGGCGUUGAAAACGGUGACGCCGUCUCUAACGACGCCUCGAGAGACGUCAUCGAUCUGGACGGUGAAAGUGGUCUGAGUGACAGGAGGAGAAGGCGGAGUUCCGGGAGUCUAACUGGAUCCGACAGUUUCGACGGCUCGCGAGUGACUCCGCUUGAAAGCAGGAAGGAAUCGCCGGCUGUUGUUGAGGACGGAGGUAGCGGGAGUGACGCCGACGACGCCUCCAACCGACCUACCGCUAGCAAACCAGCCAAGGUCAGAAGAGCUGUCAUCAGCAGCGAUGAAGAGGAUUAGGAGCUGGAGCUUGAAGACAAAGUCACACAUCAGGAUGCUGUAUAACUCAUUAUCUUGCGGCCGUUUUAUGCACAUCAUCAACAUAGCGUGUGCGAAGAUAUUUUUUCGUGUGUUUUUUAUCAACUAACAUCAGGCAGUGCCUUUAUCAAUCAUUUAUUGGCACACCAAGAAGCCGAGUCGUUUUAUGGACAUGCUCGCAAUUUUGAAGUGCUUUUACAAUAAAAUAUUGUCUCCCAAA